AAUAAUAAAGGAAUAAACAGAAGCUAAAUUAUAUCAUAUAAGCUGUUAUUUGAUCAAAUGUACCUCUCUGUUUGCUUGCGUCGUCCUGUGAGUGAAGGAGGGAAACUUUAAUCGGAGCUUUGUUAGUGCAUUAUGUCUGAUGAUAUGUCGAGGCCUUUAAUCCGAGGAGGAGGCUCCAGACAUCUUGAAGCUUCCAUGUCUGAACCUGGCACUCCAGUGAUUGGCAUCCUGGGUACGGGCGACUUCUCCCGCUCGCUGGCCGGGAGGCUGGUGGCCUCCGGCUACCAAGUGGUGGUUGGGAGUCGAACUCCCAAACGCUCUGUGGCUCUGUUCCCCGAAGAGGCUGAGGUAACCUCCCAGAUGGAGGCAGCCAAUCAGGCAGACCUGGUCUUUGUUGCUGUGUUCCCUGAACACCACUCCACACUGGUGGAAUUAAAGCCGGCACUCGCAGGGAAGACACUGGUGGAUGUCAGCAACAGCUUGCAGAUCAACCGUGAUGGGCCUUCAAAUGCUGAAAAGCUGUCCAAUCUGUUCCCAGAAAGUUAUGUCGUCAAAGGGUUUAACACCAUAUCAGCAUGGACGCUCCAGACGGGCCCUCGGGAUGGAAGCAGGCAGGUUUUCCUGUGCAGUGACAGUCACAAGGCCAAGAGCUCAGUGAUGCAGCUGUGUCGCAGAAUGGGCUUUGUUCCUGUCGAUAUGGGCCUCCUCUCCUCUUCUCUGGAGAUUGAAAACCUCCCCCUCUAUCUGUUUCCCUCCUGGCGCAUUCCCAUCCUCUGCACCCUGUCCCUGUUUAUCUUCUUCUACCUGUACAACUUCACGCGUGACGUCCUGCAGCCCUACAUCACAGCAGGGCAGAGUGUUUUCUACAAAAUGCCCAUUGAGACUGUCAAUGUCACUCUUCCCUCCGUGGCCUUGGUGAUGUUAGCGCUCGUCUACCUGCCGGGUUUGUGUGCUGCUUUCCUCCAGCUGUGGUGGGGCACCAAGUACAGUCGCUUCCCCGACUGGCUGGACCGGUGGCUGACCAGGAGGAAGCAGUUUGGUCUGUGUAGCUUCCUGUGUGCAGUUCUGCACGCCAUCUACAGCCUGUCUCUCCCCAUGAGGAAAUCUGCACGCUACAAACUCAUCAACGUGGCUUUGAAACAGGUGAAGGAGGGGGUGGAGGACUCGUGGGUAGACGAGGAGGUGUGGAGGAUGGAGCUGUACCUCUCUGUGGGUAUCAUGGCCCUUGGGCUGCUCUCCCUGCUGGCUGUCACCUCGCUGCCCUCAGUGGCCAACACUGUCAACUGGAGGGAGUUCACCUUCAUACAGUCCACACUAGGUUACUGUGCCUUGUCCAUGGCCACUCUCCACACGCUCCUCUUUGGCUGGAACCGUGCCUUCGUUCCGGCCCAGUACCGCUUUCACCUGCCCCCCACCUUCAUGCUGGUCCUGAUUCUUCCUCUCGUGGUUCUGCUGGGCCGCCUGGCUCUCUUCGUGCCCUGCGUGUCUCGGCGGCUCAGGCAGAUCCGCCGCGGCUGGGAAAAGAGCCAACACGUGCGCUUCACCCGGACGGACGGCGACUGCCACAAUGGGCUGGAGGAUGUCAGUAAUGUGUGAAAAACACCCGGUUAGAUGUGUGGAUGAAGAUCCAGAGGAAGAUAAAAGAUUUAUCUGUCUUUGGAUAGUUGAAGGCUGGUUUCUGUGGCUUACUGAGACACUUCAUAUGUGUUUCUUUUCAGCUAAUUAGCUGGUAGCUCCUUAGAGAUAUUUGACCAGGAGAAUGGCCUACUUUAUUGCACUAUGCUUACAAACAAUGAGCAUUUAGUUUGUCCUUAUACUUUGUAUUAUAUGCACUAAUUUAUUAUUUUGUGUUGAUAUUCAGUUGGAAGAUUCAAUCCAGAGCUAAAGAAGAUUUAUUUUAUGCAGAACAGUCACUGUUACACAUCUAAUGAACCUGCUGACGAUUUUAUCACUGAAGAAGAACAACUGAAUUUUACAGCUUCAUAACUUGAGUCUUUCCUCUCUCUGAUCAUUAGAAAUAGACUCGGCCUUUUCUCUUGGUGUGUGUUUUCUUGUCAUUGAAAGUUUUUGAUACUUUUUUUUUUGUACUUCAGUACUGUGAUGUACUGGUUUUUGUCAGACAGCCUUCAGCAUAGACCAUCAUCCUGUUCAUCCACAUCUUAAAAUGAAACAUGUUUCAUAUUUUGUCAUGAGGUUUUUCACUGAGAUAUCAGUGUUUUUCUUUCUUUUUCUUUGGCAAUACUUUGAAAAUUCAGUAUGCUGUCAUUCAAACUGUCAGGGACUGUAUGAGGAUUAUUGGGUGUGUGGGGCUAAACCUUAUGUUUCACUUCCACUUGAACUGCAGUGCUGUGCCCCCCAGUUUCUCAAAAAAAAAAAAACCCAACAAAACACAGACGUACUGUGUUCAGAUUCGAAUCAGCAGUUGCCAAAUUUC